GACAAUAAAGAGAGUUUAGAGAUAUGUAGUUUUUAACCAGGCAAAUGGCGGUCCUGGCAGUAUGAGCGAACAUUUAUCGUGUAAUAACGCGUACGGGCCUUUUCCAGGCACCGCUUCUCGCGGCCCUGCCUGAUGGCAAAAGUGAAAUACUAGUUUCAUUUCAAAAAUACACAAUAAAUCGGGAGAAAAAAAAAGUGAAAAAUCAAUUUAUCUCUCGUUAGGUGUAUGUUAUUGUCAUCAAAAGCAGUGUGAAGAGGAGACAAUGCAAGCUGAGUUGAUGUACCGGAAGGCCUCAGUGAUGCCUUCGCACCAGGAGGUGACAACAACACAAACUGGCAUUCACAGAAUGAAGCGAGCAAGUAAAGAUUCGAGAGAAUCAAUACACUCUGGUCAUUUUAUGGUGUCAGAUUUUGAGGCUGAAGCACAGGAUGAUGAAGAUGAACUUGCCGUACCUGUACCGGAAGAAGAAGUUGCACGAUUAGCAAUUAUCGCCCCUGUUGGUUUCUCCUUGGAAAAGUUUGUCACCAAUUCCCCUUCAGAUGUCAAUUCCCAACAAUUGAGCAUUGAAACUUCACUCAACAAACUUUUCCAGUGCAUGUCACUUGCUUACAGACAGAAGUUGACAUCGCCCAAAUGGAAUCGUUUUAAAGGAAUCAGACUGAGAUGGAAGGACAAAAUCAGAUUAAACAACGUUAUCUGGAGAUGUUGGCAUAUGCAAUUUAUUCUAAAACAAAAUACACUAGUUUGUCAAUUUGCUUCACCACUUGACGUCGAUACACACAACAAACCAGAGGCUGUAGUUUUAGAGGGUAAAUAUUGGAAGAGAAAACUUGCAGCAGUGACAGCAGAGUACAAGAAAUGGCGGAUGUUCUAUCGAAACAAAAUCCUUGGUUGGACAAACAAGGAUGGUACCGAUAUGUUGGAGUCAAUGGACAUGUUGGAAUGGGGCAACGGAUUGGGAACUUCAAGUGGUUUUGGAACUGGUGUUGGCAAUUCGUUUUGUGGACCCAGUGGAAUGACAGGUGGAGACAGUGUGCACAGCAUGAUGGUUGAUGAGGAUUACAUGGAGCUCAUGACAGACACACUUUUUUCCACAAUUAGUUCUAAUCAGCCAAUUUAUUUUCCCGAUCCCAGAGAAAUUGCUCGAGGAGCCAGUUUGGCUGAUUUUAUUCAGCCUAGUCUUGGACCACUUCAGCCAAAUCUUGACGACUUUAUGGAUACUCUUGAACCACUCCAAGAAUUCUUGAAUUCGAAACUGGCACCCGUGCCAGAAGAGGAUUACAGUGGAGCUUUAUCUAAUAAUUAUCCAGAACUGGAUCUUAUGACCUCUAUGAAUCAAGUAAAUGACAUUAACCAGGAUUCAACAAUUAUCAGUCAGCAAACACAACAGUCCCUCUCGCAAAAUGAACAAAAUACGAGUUUACAAAAUCUGCAAUAUACUGCCAAGAUAUAUACCCAGCCACAACAAGAAUCAACCAAUGUGUUCAGAAAUAACAUAAGCUUGAGCGACAAUUUCAAUACUGUGCCACAAAAUUACGAGUCACAAGUGAAUAAUCAACUUGUCAGAGAUAAAAGCAAUACAGAGAGAUCAAUUUCGAGGCCUAAUCGAAUUAUACCUCAACAAAAUACCUAUCAGCAAUUAAAUUUAUCAUAUCAAUCGCCUCAACAACAAACAUAUACAAUGGAUGUUCAGCCACUUCAACUUAAUUCUGGAUCAAGUCAAAUUCAACUGACUAAUUUAAAUGAUAAUUCAUUAAAUACAAAUCAAUUGGCCUCGAUAAGGCAUGUUCAAAAUUUAGUUGAUUCACAAACAUAUACUCCAACUAAUUCGUCGCAAUCUCAGCCAAUAAUUAUUAAAGCAGAACCUGUUUCGCAACCAAUGCUCAAACCAUAUAAGGUUGUACAACAAGUGCAACAGGGUUAUAAAUUCACAUCACCUAAACAAGAAUUCAAUAGCCAACCGUACAAAUUUAAUACGACUAAUUUUAAGACGAUGCCAGCUCAGCUGGUAGUUACGGUUUCAAAUCAACAACCAACACAACCACACAUACUGUUGCAAUGUAAAUCGCCAGGACUUGAUCUUUCUCAAUCAGCAUCGCAUCCUACGAAACUUUUACCAAGACCGGUUGCAUCUAUUGCCGACAGGGAAGAAGUUUUCGCGGUACCAAAGUAUAAUCAGAUAAAAGUUCGAAGCAGAUCUCGGAGUAGUUCAUCUUUGCCUCGUGCGAGAGUUCAUCCGCCGCCUUUGGUCUCUGCCCAAAGCGAUCCAGCUCUCAAUGUCAAUAACAAUGUACUUCUAGCACAUUUACUCACAAACAAUACACCUGGUUUAUAUGCAGUCAAUACUACUGGCAAUGAUAAAAUUACACCUGGAUCAAAUCAAUCAACUGGAAUAAAACACAUUUUACCAAUGUUGCCACCAUCAAAUUCUUCAUCUUCAUCAACUUCUUCCUCUUCUUCUACUUCUGCCAAUACUUCAUCUUCAUCGCCGCCCUCUUCCUCUUCUCCAUCUGCUACCAGCAAUACACAUCACAUUACUAAUCCAAUUACAAUUCAGUCAAUGCAUUCUACAUCUACAGUACAAUCUCAAGUUCAGCAACAGUCAAUGCAACAAACGACAAGUGGUCAACAAGUUUUGUUGAAUUCAAAUAAACAAACCCAUCAGUCGCAAGGUAGUCCUGGUUCACCAAAAGAUGGUUCCAGUCCACAGGCUCUUAGUCUAAGUCCCUUGCACAGUCCUGUGAGUUUGGGUAGUCCACUGUCACCUUCACGUGGUUAUGUGAAAGGCGAUUCUGAACGAGGCCAUUACAAAGAACACAAAAGAGUCGGUCACAUUCAUGCUGAACAAAAACGCAGAUAUAAUAUUAAAAAUGGUUUUGACAUGCUUCAAAGUUUAAUACCACAACUUAAUCAAAAUCCAAAUGCAAAAUCAAGUAAAGCUGCAAUGUUGCAAAAAGGAGCUGAUUAUAUUAGGCAACUCAGAACCGAAAGAAAUCAACUCAAGGAUGAAAUGGACAAUCUGAGAAGUCAGAUUGAGCGACUUAAUACGUCAAUUAGUAAUUGUCAAUCAAUGCUUCCGGCAACAGGGGCGCCAGUCUCCAGACACAGGACCAAUAAAAUGAAGGAAAUGUUUGAUGAAUAUGUGCGUACGCGUACAAGAGAAAAUUGGAAGUUUUGGAUCUUCAGCAUUUUACUUGAACCUCUGAUGACUUCCUUUACUACUUCUGUAUCAACAGCAAGUAUCGAUGACUUGUACAGAAGCACAAUUGUUUGGGUUGAGCAACAUUGCUCACUCGUUGAUCUCAGACCAGCCGUUCUCAAUUCAUUGAGGUAUCUCUGUACGGCAACAGAAAUUCUCUCAGAUCCUGCACGGUUACCCCAAGAAGCACGCGCGGCUGUCGAUCGAAAGUGAAUCGAGAUCUUCUGAAUGUAAUCACUCGUGAAAAGCAAGUUUAAAUCCUUAGGAUUUAAAAAUAUUCAUUCAUAUUUGCUACUCAAAUGAAUGAAAAUUUUCAAUAAUAUAUGUGACGCUCCACGAGAAAAGGGACCUAACGUGCUUUUGACUUAAGGUUCAUUCACUGUGUCAUUGCACAGUAAAAGCGAACCUUAAGUCAAAAGCACGUUAGGUCCCUUUUCUCGUGGAGCGUCACAUAUUUUAAAGAAUCUACACUUUUUGUGUAUUUGAAAUAUGUAAAGCUGAAAAAAACAUGAAUUUUCUUUCGUACGAGAAUUCAAAGUAGUAUCAGUUUUAUAAACUGAAAAAGUACAUAAUAAUAUAUUUAAAACAAAAAAAAACACACACACAUAAUUUUGCUUUAUUUUGCAUUUGUUAAUAAUUUUCAAUAUACAGCAAAUGGAAUUUAUGUCUAUAUAUAUAUAUAUAUAUUGACAAUACUGAAAUUUUCAAUAGAUAUUUUAAAUAGUUCGAAGAAUUAAGUUUCAAUUGCACAAAAUAACGAUCUCGUACAUUAUUGUUAUUAUUCAUGUCAUUUAGAAUCAAAAAAGGGAAACAAUUAAUUUUUUCUCCACAUCAUAUUUAAUCAAUUGACUGAAAAACAUUGAAGAAUUUCUGUUAUUAGAUUUUAAUUUUUUUUUCCAUAUAUUUUUUUUUUAAAUCUGAAAAACUAUGUACAACUUGCCUUAUCACGAAUGAUAACUUGGAGCAGAUCAUUCCACUUUUCUCGCACAGGAAAUAUCUAACGAUAUUUGCGCGUGAAAAAAAAAUUGUACAUAAAAUAAAAACGAUUUUUAUGAGGCUUUUUAUGAGCGAAGAAUAUUUUUAUACAGAUCGGCUAACAAAUUUUUUUUUUUUACAUGUGUGCGUGUUGCAACUAUAUAGAAAAAAAACUAUCGCUGCAUGCAUAUUAAUAAUAUUCAAACACCAAAAAAAAAAAAAAAAAAAUGGUUUUGCUUAAUUUUUAUUUUAGUUUUUUCUUAUAAAGUGAAAACUAUGAGGACAUAUUUUUAAAUUGUUGUUUACAUUGAUAGAGAUUUUUUUUUUUGGCAAAAAAUGUUUAACAAUUUGUAAAAGAAAUUUUUUUUAAUUAUUUUUCGAAUUUCUAGUUGUUACGUUAUAAAUAAAAAAAUAUAUAUAUAUAUUUUGCAACUUUUGAAAAUAAAACAUUUAUUUUUAAAAGUCAAUUUGCAGCGAACUGCUUGUUAAAAAAAAGAAUACCUGUUGCGUAUACAAGGGAAAGAGCUGCUCACAAAUUAUAUAUAUACAUAUACGAAAUGUUACAUCAACAUUGUUAUGUAAAAUAUGAAGUUUUUUAUUAUAAAAUUUCAUGUGAUAAUGUACAAAUCAUUUAAUACAGUUCGAUUAUUAGGUAUAUAUAAUAAUGUCAACUUAAAAAGAAAUUUCCGAGUAUUGAAAACAAUAAUAUAGUUCUUUGUAUAAUUAUAAAAAAAAAAUACAAUACUCGGAAAUUUUUUUAACGAGAAUAUAAUACUGUGCGUGUAUAAGUGUAAAUGGUAAAAACGAUAUAAAUGAAUCAAAGAUGGGAUGUUUUUUUUGUACAAUAUGCAUCAACAAGUUAUUGUUAA